AUGAAUAUUGCCCAAAAUAGUUCCAAUGUUGUCACUAAUUUUUCAUCCUCUGACAAUCCAAAUAUUAAUAGUUUCUCUCCUCUCAAAAAUAGUAAAGCAACUUCUGUGAUAAGUUUGAAUGCUGCUGAUCAAAACCAGAAUUCAAGUGGUUUAUUCCAGUCUAACUAACCGGUUAAAACAAUCAACUUAAGCAAGAUUAGAUUCCUUAAGGGAACUCCCUAGAAAAAUAAUAACAACAUCUCUAAUACUCUUUAAUAGAACGACAAUGAUGGAGGCUAAGGAGCAGGCAAUGGAAAUGACUUGCAGAAAUCUAUGAAUUAAUCCUUCACUUUUACUGUUAAAGAGGUCUAAGAUAAAAGCAUGAAGAAACAGUUGCUUCAACAGCCUAAUUCAAUAGGCCUUAACAAUAACCUGUCAGGAAUUGGUGGGUAGAAACCACGUAAUAAUUCGGUGUUUAAGUACGGCAGGAAUAAUGACGUACUCUUAGACGACAACACAUAUGAAAAUAAUCCACAAAUAGGAGCAUCUUAAAACAGCCCCUUUAAAAGAUUGACUACAGUGAAUGUAGUACAAAAUGUGGUUAAUUACAAUAUGAAUUCUUCUUCAGCCCAAAACUUUCCUCUUCCUCAUGAAUAGUAACAAGCAUACUAAAGGAAGUUUAGUAACAUCACUCAGAACAAAACCCUCUUUUAGAAAGAUUUUACCGGAAAACAAAGUGCUCAGUCCUUGUUUAAUUACGGAGCUGAGCAAUAAAACUAACAGCCCGAAAAGGAGGAUGAGGAUUUCCAUGAUAGAUUAAAUUAUACGAUAAAUAAUAAUGUGCUAGUAGAUGAGUAGAUCUACUCCAAUUAAAGUAACAAUAUCAAUUCAAAUGACAAUCUCAUUCUCUAAAGCUAAUAAUAGCUGCCAUAAUAUGAAGAAUUAAAAAGAGGACAAUACACAUAGAAUGAUCCCUAGAGUUAAAAUAAAUCCAAUAAAAAUGAUUUCGUCGUAAAUCAAAAUAAUUAGAACUUAAACUCUACGGUAGUUGAAGAAUAUAAGGUAGAGGUAAUGAAUCCAAAUAAAUUAAAGAAGUAGUUUAAGAGAUCGAAUUCUAAUGAGAAUGAUAACAAAAAUCUUGAUUAAGACAGCGAUUAUGAUUAUUACUCUGAGGAUGAGACAAAAGAAAUAAAGAAUAGCAGUAACGUAUAUAACACUUAAUAGCAAGCCAAAUAAGGUUGGGGAUAGUAGCAAUAGUAAAAAUCACAGAAACUCUAGCCAUAAUAAAGAAUGAACAAUGGAGGGAGCCAACAUCAAAGCUAUGGUGCUCUUUCCUCAGAGUAAGAGUAGGAUAGAAGAGAUACCAAUAACGAUGAGUUAGAGGGUACUUAGGUUACUGAUCCUGGAAUCAUUAUUCAGAAUCAGAAGCAAUCUCAAAAUAAUAGAUUUAACAAUGAUGACGAGUAGUAACCACCCAACUCAUCUCGAAGACUAUAAGAGGUCAAUCCAAACAAUAAAGCUAGGGCUAAUUCUACUACCCAUAGAUUGGCUGGCAAUCGUCGUUAAAAUCCUAACAAUAUGAUGAAUGCAUAAUCUAGAGAUCCUUUAGUGAAGAAUGAGGAGAAUGAUCAAAAUCAGUAAAUAAUUGGUAAUACUUAGCAACCGCCAUCAAGAGCAGAUAAAAAUGCAGCCAAGCCAAUGAAAGGUUUUGAUGAUUGCUUCCUGAUAAAGCCCAUUUUAGAAACAGCAAUGAUGUCUGGCUAAACGAAGAGAAGCGAGGAUGACCAAGAUUAUCUUAGGAUACCUGGCUUCCCUCUCGCUUUGAGAAAUCAUGACUCUUAUAUACAGUACAUUAAUAUGCUAAUGUAUGAUGUUGGUGGUAAAUCAAUCAUGAUGCAGCCAAUUCCCUUCGAGGUUGGCAUGUUAUAGUUUGAGAUUCAAAGAAAGAAGUCAGGUUUCAGUAUUUUACAUCCAUCAUUCCAUUUGUACCUCGAGAAGGGUGGUGACGAGAAAGUUAGUAUAUUAUUUGCAAAGAAACGCCCAUUCAAUAAAACAGCUAAUUUCUUGAUAUCCACUGAGAAGAGUAAGAAUAGAAGAGGUGGAGAGGAGUGUCUAGGUAAGCUCCGUAGUAAUGAGAAUAAGGAGCGUUAUUAGUUGUUUAAUGAUGGCGACAACCCUAAAAACAUGCAUAAGGUGCCGCUUCAAGGUAUUAGAAAUGAACACAUGGCUAUUCAAUACAAGUAUGUACCUUGCAGCAUUGGUAAACUUAGAAAAGCUAAGGUAAUCAUACCUGGAGUAGAUCCAGCUAAUGGUAAAGCAAAAGAAUUCAAGCCAUUGAAGAAGGAAGAUACUAUGAUAAAGAGGAUUGAGGAUCCAGCAAGUUCUGGCAACUUCUAUGCAUUCGUAGAUAAUCCUCCUCAAUGGAAUCCAAAGACCCACGGGUAUCAUUAUGAUUUUAAAGGCAGAAUCUCUGAGGCAUCAGUCAAGAAUUUCUAAAUGAUCCCUUAUUAAGAUGGGCAAAAAGGAGUCAAUAUCAGAGGAUUUGUAGCACAAUUUGGUAGAACUAACGAUAACGUUUUUAAGCUUGAUGCAUAGUACCCUUUCUCAAUAUUCCAAGCAUUUGGCCUCGCUUUAACUGUAUUUGACUGUGAAUGA